AACACUUAUCUACCCGUUGUGUUCCUAUGACGUCAUUUGUUAUGGAAGCAGGGCGUUCCGCAAUGAGUUCAAACAGGUCUUAGAUUUCUUCAAUUAGCUAAUCCUCACUAAAAUGACUUUUUACAUAGUAUUUUUCAUGCUGAUUCUUCGCACAUCGGCAGAAUGGUGUGAAUAUCCUCUGAUCCACGAGUCAAGACUGAGAGCAUCGUCAGAGCUGGUCACCAGAGAGGCCAAUAAAGCCAUCCUUUAUGGCCCCUCAGCGUGGUCGCCCAAUCACAACAAUUACUAUCAGCGCCUGGUGGUGGAACUGCCCGAGCUGAUGCGCGUCUCAAAGUUCGCUACUCAGGGCAGACAGAACUCAAGAGAGUUCGUGUCAGAGUUCCUACUGCAGUACUCCACUAACGGCGACUCAUGGAUCAGCUACAAAAAUGCGGGCGGUCUAGAAGAGGCAUUCCGUGGCAACAAUGACGGCAACACAGUUGUGGUGACGCGCUUUGAGACGGAGAUCAUUGCGCGGUACCUUCGCAUCAACCCCACCAGAUGGCGCGACAGGAUCUCCAUGAGGGUCGAAGUUUACGGCUGCAAAUACGUGCGCGAGAGCAUCAGCUUCCGUGGGCAAUCAAUGGUGGAGAUGAACCUGCAGCACGCGCCCAUCAUCAGCAACCUGGACCACAUGCGCUUCAGGCUGCGCACCAACCAGCCUGACGGCGUCCUGCUCUACGGGCGUGGGUCUCAAGGCGACUACCUCGCGCUACAGCUCGUUAACAACCGCCUUGUUCUGAACAUCAACCUUGGGUCACAGCAGAUGACGUCUCUGUCUGUGGGGUCUCUGCUUGACGACAACGCGUGGCACGACAUCGAGAUCAGGCGCAACUACAACAACAUCUCGCUGCUCGCUGACCGCGUCCGCAUAGAUGACGUUAUUGUGGGAGAUUAUCCCAGACUCGACCUCAACAGGAAAUUCUACAUCGGCGGAGUUCCGAACAGGGAGCCUGGUCUCGUGAGCCGCGUGAACUUCACGGGGUGCCUCGAGAACCUCUUCAUCAACGGCACCUCUGUGGUGCAUCAGAUGAAGAAUCCUGACCCGCAUGCUGAGUAUUACGGCAAGCCAACGUACAAGCUCAUCAACACGGAAUUUACUUGCCCAUACGGCGAGUCGGUGGAUCUAACGCUGACUUUCAAGAGUCCUGAGGCGUAUCUGCGCUACAACUCCUAUGAAGAUUUCCCCAGCAUCAAUGUGUCCCUUGAGUUCCGUACCUACGAGCCUAAAGGAUUACUCAUCUAUCACAAGUUUUCGGAAGAAGGCUACUUCAAGCUGUUCCUGGAGGACGGCCACGUAAAGGUAGAGGUGAUGGCUCGCCAGACGCCCGGCAAGAUCUUGCUCGACAACUUCCAGAGCUCCCACAACGACGGCCGCUGGCAUUACGUUGAGCUUGUCAUCGGUAAGAAUAAAAUGCUACUUGUGGUUGACGACGUGCCCAUGCACACCUCUAGGCUCAUCGAUAUCAAGAGUGGCAAGUUUUUCCUUAUCGCUGGCGGCGUGUACGGGUCUGUGGGCUUCAUGGGUUGUCUGCGGAAAAUUUCUGUAGUGGGUUACCACCAAAAGCCCAAACCUGAGGAAAUAAUCCAGCCCGAGGACGUGGUUGUUGCGGCGUGCGAAAUACUGGACCGCUGCAACCCUAACCCCUGCCAGCACGGUGCCUCCUGCUACCAAGACUCGGAAGAGUUCCAUUGCGACUGUACGGGCACUGGCUACUCCGGUGCCGUGUGUCAUGUCGCCAUGAAUCCUGUGUCAUGUGCGGCAUAUGGCAAGCAAAAUCCUCACACGAAAAAAGCUGACAUUUACUUGGACGUUGAUGGUUCAGGACCUCUGGAGCCCUUCCCUGUCACCUGCGAAUUUUACAAUGACGACCAGACAUACACGCACCUGCACCACAAGCAGAAUCAGCUCACCACCGUAGACGGCUUCAGUGCGGCUGGUUCUUAUGUCCAGGAUAUACAAUAUGAUGCUGAUUUCAAUCAGAUAGAAGUGCUUGUCAACAGAUCACAGAAUUGUCGCCAGCGUCUUCACUUUGAGUGCCUUACUGCCAGGCUGUUCAACACGCCUUCCAAUGAAGACACUCAAUUUAGGCCCUCAACGUGGUGGGUGAGCCGACACAACCAGCCUAUGGACUACUGGGGCGGCUCUCUGCCGGGCUCCCGCAAGUGCGAGUGCGGCCUCACGGGCAACUGCAUGGAUGCCACUAGAUGGUGUAAUUGUGACUCGGGCUGGGACUCAUGGCUAUUCGACAGUGGGGACCUGACCAUCAAAGAGCAUCUGCCGGUGCGGCAACUGCGGAUCGGUGAUACAGGCAGUCCUCUGGACAGCAAGCGAGCGCGCUUCAAGCUCGGCCCUCUCAUUUGUGAUGGAGAUAACGUGUUUGACAACGUAGUGACGUUCCGGAAGGCUGACGCGAGCAUUAAUCUGCCACGCUAUGACAUGGGCCACGCAGGGGAUAUUUACUUCGAAUUCAAGACGACUACACGUGACGGCUGCCUAAUACAUGCCCGGGGACCUGAAGACUUCAUCAAAGUUUCCAUUAUCGGUGGAUUGGUGCUGCAGUUCCAGUACCAGGCAGGCGCUGGCCCCAUGGCGGUAACCAUAGAGACGGCUUAUGUCCUCAACGAUGACACGUGGCAUUCGGUGCUGGUGGAGCGCAACAGGAAGGAGGCGCGCAUGAUAGUUGACAGCGGCAGGAAGGCCACUGUCAAGGAGCCACCCGGUCCUGUCAGAGCUCUCUACCUCACAUCUGAUUUUGUUGUUGGCUCUACAGUGGACUACCGCGACGGUUACGUGGGUUGCAUCAGAGCGCUGAUCCUGAACGGUGAGCUACAGGACCUGCGAGGUCGUGCUGAGCGAGGCUUGUAUGGCGUGCAUGGCGGCUGCGUGGGCAAAUGCGUUAGCUCGCCUUGCCUCAACAACGGCACCUGCUACGAACUGUACCAUAGCUUCGCUUGCGAGUGUCGCUGGACAGCCUUCAAGGGACCUAUCUGUGCUGAUGAAAUUGGCAUUAAAAUGUUGACGGACACCAUGGUCAAGUAUCAGAUCCCAGGAUCUUACAUGUCCACUAUUGCUGAGAAGAUUCGUGUGGGUUUCACCUCGACCAACCCUCGCGGCUUCCUUGUGGGUCUCUACAGCAAUAUGACCGGGGAAUACCUCACGCUUGCUCUAUCCAACUCUGGUCAUCUGCGCGUGACGUUCGACUUCGGUUUCGAGCGUCACGAAUUUGUGUACGAGGGACGAACCUUCCACGAGGGCCAGAACCACGACGUGCGGCUUUAUCGUAAAGACGGCGGCAAAACUUGGGUCAUGGAGGUAGACAAUUAUGAUCCGAGAGAGUGGACGUUCCCUGUGAAGGAGUCAGACGACGCGCAGUUCAACAACAUUCAGUACAUGUACGUAGGCAAGAACGAGAGUAUGGUUGAGGGCUUCGUUGGGUGCAUCUCAAGGGUCGAGUUCGACGACAUCUACCCACUCAAGUUCUUGUUCCAGCAGGACGGACCAGAUAACAUCAAGGCUGAGUCAACUGGCAAGAUAUUCGAGGACUAUUGCGGUAUUGAACCUAUCCGUCAUCCGGAAGAGGAAACAGAGACGCGCCCUCCUCCACUGCUGUCAGAAGAGGUGCUCAUGGAGCUCUACGACGAUAAUUCCGCUCUGUUGGGAGGGAUUCUGGUUGUGCUGUUCCUGAUCCUGAUAAUUCUGGGUAUCCUGAUUGGACGAUACAUCGCUCGUCACAAGGGCGACUACCGCACCCACGAAGCGGACGGUGCUGAGCUGGCCCCGGAUGCCGACUGGGCCGUGCAGAACUCCAGGACCGGUCAUCAAGUCAAGCGUAACACCGAGAUGUACAUUUAGCCGUGCCCACUUGUCUUAGCGUGUUGAGCAUUGAGGUUUCCUCAGGGCAUCCAAAGUGCAUUAGAACUUCCAUUUGCGAAGUACACGUGUCAGUUGCAAAUAAAAAUUAAGCUUAUAUUUUGGAGUGAAUCUUUCGUGUAGCUGAGCUCGAUAUCAGCUACAUAACAUUUAUCUAUCAAACAUUGUCCAUAAGUGCACUAACCGGUUUUUUCGAUAUGAACUAUGACAGUAAUUUGUAAAUAUCGUGUUAGCAUUUCUACCUUCUGAACUUCUGCUCUGCAUCUUUGUUAGAUCUCUUAAAUGUUGAGUUAAUUUUUUCAAACACCAUUCCAGCUAAGUACGUAAGGCGAAGCGCCUUCUACCGGUAAAUGUCAACAUUGUAAUCGUUAUAAUAAUGAUGGCCUGUCCUGAUGCUUACGGAGAAUUUCUUAUAUAAUUGCCUCCGAAAUAGCAUUGCUUAUAUUGCGGUCCUAAAUUUGCCUUAAAAAUUAACAAAUUAAUAGUUUUCCGUAUAAUUUAUGAAAUAAUCGUCAUCGUACGAAUUUUAAAUAACAGCUACUUGCAUCUAAUAAAUAAUGGUGCUUUUUCAUCCUGCAGCUUAACAAGCUGUAAAAAAAAUUGAGACUUGUGCAAUAAUGUCUAAGCUUUUCUCUCGUGAAUUGGAAAUGAAGAUCCGAGGUGUUGUGUUCAACCACUGCUUGCCAACAGCUAAAUUGUGCGAGGUUGACCGGCAAGGCAUAAUAUUUCAAGACAAUCCGAUUUAUCUUCAAAUUUUUGUUGAGUUAAUUUCAUAGGUGACUAUUUACCUUACAUAUUAGAAAGACUUUGGAAUAGUUCGUUGUGUUUAGGGUGUGAUAAUUUUUAUUUGAGCGCUCUGUGAAUUUCGCGAAAUACUAGUGUGCAAUCGAAAUUUCAAUGCAAUAAUGUUUGUGAUUCAAUAACCUUUCGUGGCAUGUUUCAAUUUGAGAUUUAUUUAACUUCGUAGUGGUGAUUCGUGUAAUGCGUUUCAUUCCAAUGCGAAAAUUACGUUAUCGUUUUACUUAGGUUUUAUUUUAAUUCCGUCCAUGUAGACGAAUAUUUCAUUUUUAAGUUAAAAAUUUUUCUUGCCUUCAACCUGCAUACCUUAAUUUCUAUCAAAUACUUGGGACUCGUAUGAGGGUACCUUCCAUUUUAGAAGACUUUUCUGUUGCAGAAAGUUUGGGCUCCAUUAGCAUUUGUGCCCGACAAUUUUUGUCAGUCUAGCUGUUUGAGGCUUAGCUAUGAUGUUCUUUCUUCUGUUCAUCGGGUUAGAAAAUCGGGUAACAAUGCAGUCAAUCUAAUGUAGAUCCAUUGCUUUGAAUGAGGCAACUAUAUUUAUCAAUGAACUCAAAUUGUUAGUAAGCAAAAUGAAGGUCUAUGCGAUCCAAGAAGAAAAAAUGUCACAAAAUCAGGGGACUGUUAAAACUCCGUUCUAACUGGCAUUAAGUUUUCUUGUCAUGUACUUAACAAUUGUCGAUUUAACUUUCAAUCGCAGCACUGAGCAUGUGCUAAGAAACGGUCAUCUUAAGCUCAAUGUAGGACCAAUGAGGGAUAAUUAUAGCAAAAUUUCACGUUUACUGUAUAUCACCGUUUAAUUGUAAGGUUCUAAUACUACAGAAUCUACCGCCUGGUUCAAUAUAUAUAAUACAAGAAAA